GCGUGCGCCACCACCGCCCGGCUGUAUCCCAUUUUUUGAGUAGCUACGGAUAAUAAAAGUUACUUUCAAUCAUAGUUCUGCAACCUCUAAUUUAAAUUCAUGUAAAAAUGGUUCCCAAUUGUUUUUUCAAUCCAGUACUCUCUGGUAUCAAACCAUUUGUUACUUGUAGUGCCUCCAUUAAAAAAGGAUGACCAAGUUAUGUAAGUCACCUGUCACACCAGCACUUGUCUGAAGCAACCUGGGAUAUAUGAGAAACCUUGUCUCAAAAAAAAAGUCAAAUAGGGCGGCUGCGUCUGGUAGCAGGAGAAGAUGGCGGUUUCCACAGGAGUUAAAGUUCCUCGGAAUUUUCGCUUGUUGGAAGAACUUGAAGAAGGACAGAAAGGAGUAGGUGAUGGUACGGUUAGCUGGGGCCUUGAAGAUGAUGAAGACAUGGCACUUACAAGGUGGACAGGCAUGAUUAUUGGGCCACCAAGGACAAACUAUGAAAACAGAAUAUAUAGCCUGAAAGUAGAAUGUGGAUCUAAAUACCCAGAAGUUCCUCCAUCAGUUAGAUUUGUAACAAAAAUGAAUAUGAAUGGAAUCAAUAAUUCUAGUGGAAUGGUGGAUGCACGAAGCAUACCAGUUUUAGCAAAAUGGCAAAAUUCCUAUAGCAUUAAAGUUGUACUCCAAGAGCUAAGACGUCUAACGAUGUCCAAAGAAAAUAUGAAGCUUCCACAGCCACCGGAAGGACAGACGUAUGUACAACAACUGAUUUUAGUAGAUCUCAAACUUGUCUUAAAUCAACAACCUUCUACUCAUGUUAAUGUCUUGAUUAAAUAUCACCAUGCAAAAUACCCACACAUUAAGUAAACAUGGAAAAAAAAAAGUCAAAUAAAAUAAAUCUUCACUUUGUUCCUCUGGGACACCUUGGAGCAGGGAGCAGGUAGUCAAGCAAAGAGCAAGGUUCAAAAACAGUAUCUUAACGAAGGACCUUCACUGAUAGGAGUUGAGCAAAACAGCAGCACAGCUCAGAGGAGAAAAAAAACCACUUUCCAUGGAUCUUGUCUUAAAAAUGGGCAAUACUGAUUUCACUAUAUCACCACCAAACAAGCUCUGUGUCAUUUUCCAAGGGGAAAGUGCAAGUGACCAGGUUUUUACAAGAUCAUUAACAGAAUAUCCUAAAAUGCUGCUAAACAGGUAAAAUUAAACACAAAAUACAUGCUUGGUAUCAAAGAAGGAGAAGAGGAAGAUCAGGAGUCAGGAAAUGGUACAUGAGAUGCUAUUACCAGUGCUGCCUUUUUAGGUUCCUGUCUUGUUCUGACAGGCUGCAACUAAAGACACUUGGAAUGGCAGAGACUGGAAGUAAAGACAAAUAAUUAUUCCUCUUAUUCCAGGAAGACAGAGUUUUCUCAGAGAAGACUGCAGAUUGGAAAAACUGCUUUGAUUACGCCAGCCCAAUCUCUGUGAUCUAUUCAACUAUGGUUACCAUGAAACCAAUCCUUUUAGGGUUUAAGUACCUCUAUCUGCCACUUAAACUUUCCAAAAUCUUAGAGGACUUUCUGACAACACAUUAAAUUAAUGCCUUUAAUCCCAGCACCCUGGAGACAGAGGCAUUUGGCUAUUUUAUGAUCUCCAGAGGCUACUCUGGUAUACACAAUGAGUUCUAGGACACUAUUACAUGUGAGACCAUCUCAGAAAGAGAUCGAGAUGAGACCAUCUCAAGAAGAGAUAGAGAGCCGGGCGGAGGUGGCGCACGCCUUAAAUCCCAGCACUCGGGAGGCAGAGCCAGGUGGAUCUCUGUGAGUUCGAGGCCAGCCUGGGCUACCAAGUGAGUUCCAGGAAAGGCACAAAAACUACACAGAGAAACCCUGUCUCGAAAGAAAAAAAAAAAAGAUGAAGAGAUAGAUAUGAACUAGUAACAUUUUUUAAGAUCAAACAAAAAUAAAAAUUUUCAAUCUCAUAAUAAAAACAAGAAUGUUUAAGAAGCCAUACAUAUGUAAAUAUAGUUAAUGUCUUUAAACUUCACACACUGAAUCUAAACAUUACUACAGAAAAACUAACCUUUCUCCUAUGAAUCACUUUACUCCCAAUCCAAUACUGCUAAUUAUUUAGACAGCAGAGUAAUUAGUUUAACCUGUACCUGGGAGCACUAAGCAAGAACAUUUUAACAUUCAAUAAAAAGAUUUACUGCACACCUGUAAUUCUGAGUUACACCAACAAAAGUACACUGAGAAGGAGGAGCACCCACAUCCAUGGCAGUAGGCCAGGGGAAUAUGAGAACCAGUUUGGAAGGCUCCAAGUAAACCACCAGGCUGGCUCCACACUUAAUACAGGACAAAAUAGUAAAUUGAGGUGAACUGCUUCUACAUCCAGAAACGUCAUGCCUGCUGCUGCUACCAGCUUCAUGGCUUCCAAAACUGAAUUACUGAAUGGUAAAGCAGUAAAAAUAUCACCUACUUUAUCCAUCAUGUCCCAAAACUGGUUCACACACUCCUAAAAAUGAAAAAGUAGUUUGGCCUACAAUCUCUUACAAAACUCUAACAAUUACAUUUUCAAAGCCACAUUCCUGGUUCUUGGAACUACUACACCUUAUUAUCAAUGGGGAUAGCAAGUCAGUGGUUCAACCAAAUCACAAGAACACAAAUUUGGGGGUUAUUCCGAAAACUAAUUCGAAUGAGAUCCAACUGUACUGUACAGAAAUUCUAAGCUUAUAUUAAAGCAGCAGUCCCAAGGAACCAAGAACACUGUAUCUGGGAUGCCACAUGACACUCCCUUCAGACAAAAGAAACUUCACUCUUGCUCUAGGAGGAUUGGCAGGAAUGAUUUGGCUGAUCAAGGCAGGAAAACAAAUCUCACACCAAAACAGUUUUUCAUCUGUUUAUCUGAGAAAUACCACAUGGGAGCAGCACAUGUGACUGUGAAGGUUCACGGUGCCUAGUGCUUCUUGCAUGUCAUGGUCAAGUAAGUAAUGGGAUAAUGAUGGCAGUGGCCAUUAUUCAGUUUCAAAACUCAAUGCUGGGGCACCAGCACACACACCAAAGGGCCAUCCAAGUGGCAUCUUUGUCACUAGAAUUAAUCAUUCAACAAAUCAAGCUCAAAUCUCUCUUCAUUAUGAAUGCUCCAGAAAACCAAUACCUUUCAGUCCUUCAGAGACUCCAUUAAGGGUAAUUUGAUCCUAGGUUCCCUUGGGGGAGAAGAGGAGCUUCUUAUCUACCCUAUCUAAACCAGGACCCAGCAAUCUCUUCAGUCCUGAGAGCCACCAUCAGGGUUAAGAAUCAGGAAGGAAAGGAGGACAAGAGCAAACAGAGUGCAGGAGAGGGCGACGCACCAGUGUGCAGAGGCAAGGUGAUUCUCUCAGACCUCCAGGUAGCAGAGGCCCUUGGUCGCUUGACCUGUCUUAGGCCAGGAUUUGGAUGCCUGGGCCCGGACACCAUACACCCUCACAGCACCACAUGCACAGAUGAUUUAAGCUCUCCCACUGCCCAUCUCUUUACUUCAGAGGAGAGCUCAGUUAAAACAGCAGAUCCCGUUACAGAGUUUAGAAUCUGAGCAACAGACAUUCCAGGUACCCACAAAAAUUAAAACUAUCUCUUAGCCACUUAAAAAAAAAACUUAAAGACAGAAGUAAAUUAAAACACAAACACACACACACACACACACACACACACACACACACACACUCUCUCUCUCUCUCUCUCUCUCUGUGAAAAUUUUGAUAAAUUUCCUUAACAUAAAAACACUCCCCUCAAACCUAACCGAAGCCCCCAAUAACUAUUAAGCCAGUAAAAUUAUUUGUAGGUCAAGGGACCAUAUAAAUCACCCUAUUUAACAUGUGGGCGUGAACGCAAAAAAAGGGUAGAGGGAUCUAGGGGUAGCUCUAAACCUGAACAGAACACACGCUCUUCCUAGAGCAGCUUCCACUGACAAAAAUCCAGAUUAGCCACAGAGAAGACACACCAACCUUCUUACCCUACUCCACCACCAGUAC